CUAUCUCUCGCACGCUGUGACCAGAUAAAAGGAGCCAAUUUUGUCCGAUAAGACAUUAUAAAAGUAAGGUCACAAUGAAUAACAUAUAUUUCAUUUGCUUCUUUGUAGGUCUUUUUGGAGUUUCAUAUGAAUCGUGUUUUUAUCAAAUUUUCCAAAGUGACUCUUGUACGGCGUCAAAUGGUGUAACCAUUCCUGUGGGUGCAGACUUGAGAAUUCCUGAAAAAUGUCUGGAUUGCUCAUGUUCGGCUGGUAGUCCUGGACAAGCUGCAAUGGGCUGUUGUGUAUAUGGAGUUCAUGCUGGAAUUAUGAUUCCUCCAAAAGGAUGUAAGAUAAUUACCGAGGCAGACGGAUGUACCCCGAAAAUUGUUGUAGAGGGUGACGAGUCAAAAUUGUGUGCACACAAAUAGCCAUAACAUGAACAUUGUUUAUAGCACAGGAAUUAUUUUUCAAGAGCAAGCGCUAUUAAAUCAAAAAUUUAUAAAGUGAAAACAAAA